CGCCCCUUCGCACACGCGCACUGUGGCGAGUGCGGCGUCGCGCGAAGCCGGGCCGGGGGUCUGGGUGGGAUGCUGGCUGCUCCCUGCUUGCUGGUGGAUGGUAAUUACCUGCCUCGCACGAGCUGGAAGGUACACCUGGUGUCCUUAAUUGAAUUGCUGGUCAUUAGCGUACUCUACAGUGUACCACUUAACCUCUCAGCAAAAAUGGAAGAAUCAUUGUCCCAGCAUUUCAGAUACUCUGUGCCGUGAACUUAUCCUCUGCUAAAAGCUAGAAUGAAACAGUUGCCUGCAGCAACAGUUCGUCUUCUUUCAAGUUCCCAGAUAAUCACUUCUGUAGUCAGUGUUGUAAAAGAGCUGGUCGAAAACUCCCUGGAUGCUGGUGCCACAAGCAUAGAUGUGAAACUGGAAAACCAUGGAUUUGAUAAAAUUGAGGUCCGAGACAAUGGUGAAGGUAUCAAGGCUGUGGAUGCCCCUGUGAUGGCAGUGAAAUACUAUACCUCCAAAAUAAACAGUCACGAAGAUCUUGAAAACUUGAAAACCUACGGUUUUCGUGGGGAAGCAUUAGGGUCAAUUUGUUGCGUAGCUGAGGUUUUAAUUACAACAAGAACAGCUGAUGAUAAUUUUAGCACCCAGUAUGUUUUAGAUGGCAGUGGCCACAUAGUUUCUCAAAAACCUUCACAUCUUGGUCAAGGUACAACUGUAACGGCUUUAAGAUUAUUUAAGAAUCUGCCUGUAAGAAAGCAGUUUUACUCAACUGCUAAAAAAUGUAAAGAUGAAAUAAAAAAGGUCCAGGAUCUCCUCAUAAGCUAUGGUAUCAUUAAACCUGACUUAAGGAUUCUUUUUGUACAUAAUAAGGCAGUUAUUUGGCAGAAAAGUAGAGUGCCUGACCACAAGAUGGCUCUCAUGUCGGUUCUGGGGACUGCCAUUAUGGGCAACUUGGAGUCUUUUCAGUACCACUCAGAAGAAUCUCAGCAUAAAAUUAGUUCAAAUGGAGGUAAGACACAUUGUCAUUAGUUUCUUUAGAGAAGAGGCCUUUUGUUUUGUUGGCUGUUAACUUAAGUCUGUAGGACUCCUAGAACUCUGUUGCUUACAGUAACUGACUCAGGAUUCUAAGGGUGCAUCUAAAUUCUCCAGGUUUCCUGUGCUUCAUAGGACUUUGUUGCUCAUGCUCUAGAUACACUGCACUGGCCGUACUAAUUUAGUGUACAGACGUGUUGAUAUCAAAUGGAAGCUUAUUAGAAAAAGAGUCUUGGGCUCUAGCUCAGAUCUGCUGAAUCAGAACCUGCAUUUUCACAAGGUCCUUAGGUAUACCACUCAGGAGCCAAGCAGUGAUCUUUAUAUAUCUCUUCACUUAAUGUUAGAGUCCAUUUUUUAUCUGUAGGGACCCUGAAUGGGAGGGGCAUCUUUCCUGUGGAUGAUGAUCUCCUCUGAGCCACUACUGUGACAGCUUUUUAGGUAUUUUUCAAGUGUGGCUCUUUUGACCUGACUGAGCUCCUUGUGAUGUCUUCUCUUUGAAAGUUUAAUCUCUACAUUACUCCAUGCUAACUUCUUCACGAAUUCCUCAGUAGUGCCUGAUUUUUAACCCCUGAACUAUGUAUUUGUUUUUAGAAUUCAGAAUUUAUUUUCAUAUUCUUCUCUAAACUUAGUUGUGAUUACUUAUUUUAAUUUGUUUAUAGCCAUGUUUUUCUACCUCUCUGCUCUGAAACUUGUUGAGUUUAGUGCCUUUUGAUGUGAAACUUUUGUCCCAGUCAUUUGUUUGGUACUUGAUGUGGAAGUAGGCUUGUUGGGGUCCAUUUCCUUCUGACUUGUUGUCCCUUUCAGCUAAAACAAUUUGUUGGGUCCUCAUUAUGCCUUCCAGAACCAAUUAGCAAUAAGUACCAAGGUAUCACUGUACUGCUCAGAGUCUUUUCCGUAUUGCUCUGUGGUUUCUGUUUUUCAGAGAAAAAAUUCUUUAUUCUGUGGUAUUUUAUAUACUUUGAAAUUUUAAGUUUUGAAAUUAUUUUGAAUGCAGGUUUGCUUUGUUGUUUUAUUUCCUCUCCCCACUUACCUCUCCCAUUCCAUAGUUUGGCAGAUAUUCCUCUGUCCAUCUCUAAUUCAAAACUAGGUGUUAUAUUAGCAGCUUAUGCCUCGGCCAGCCAAGAUUUUACAGACUUCUCUUUCUAGCCAGUUUGGCUUAGCUUUGUUCUUGGUUUUAGAGUUGUCUCUGUUCUUUCCUGUGACCCUGGCAAGUAGCUCCAGACAGUGAUCACAUAGCAUUUUAAAGUUUUAUUUAUUUUUUCCUGGGAUGAUGGUAUAUGAGCUCCCUAAUUCAAACAGAAAGACUAAUUUCAAUCCCCUGCCUUACAUAAAGUGUUUUGUUUCCUUAUUUUCUUUCCAGAAGUUCAUUUCCAAAUGACAUAACUUGUGUCUGAUAAUGUAGCACGUAGGGCUUUUAUCUUAAACCGUCACUCCGUUACAUGUUUUGCAUCCAUAAGUCAUUGUUUUCUGUGGUUAGGGGUUUUUAAAUUAGCAAUUGAUUUUGUCACUGCUGUGUAGUUUGUGCUUGGAAUGGAGAAGGGAAUUUUCACAUGAACUUGUUUCACUCUUGUUAUCAGAAUCUUUAAAUUAUUGAGACAUGAAACUCCACAUUUUACAAAGGUUCUAUGGCUGAAAGAGGAGAAGGAUUAGUGUUGGGAGACCAUUAGGGCUGUAUCAACGUGAUGGUGGCGCAAAGGAGGCGGGUUUGACACAACGUGUAAAUGGCAGGAUUCUGUUAUACCAAAGACAGGAGGAGCCGAUUGAGCAGCAGGGAGAAGUGGGAUGACAUAUUUUAUGAAGCUUUGAGUUUGAGACUAGUUUUGUGACAGUUGUAGAUGGUAAGCAGUUGGGAGUGAGAGAAAUAGAAACUACAGUAUCUAUGUCUUACCGUUUUAUAUGACUAGUUGUUGUAACUAUAGUUGUGACUGAAAUUAUUUAUAGUAAUUGGAGAGCUAGGAAAAAAAAAAGGAUCUGAUGAUGAAAUUCACAGGGACCAUCAUCAUUUAUAGAGCUAAGGAAAGGAGAGAAGCCAGUCAAGGAGCAUGUGUAAAGGAAGCAGAAAGACCAAGAGAACACUGAAAUGGAUUCAUACAUUUCCAUCUGUCUAUGAUGGCAGGGACCUCAGAGAGUCAAAUAAGGUGACUGCAGUUGGUCAUUAAAGGAGAAGCCAAAAUAAGGGUUUGAAGAGGGAGGAAAAAGAGCUCAUAGUUGAGAAGCAAUCUGGGGACCGGUAUUUGAUUGGACUUUGCCUUCAGUUUACAUUUCCAUUUCUAGGCUGAGGUCCAGAAUCUUACAAGGCCUGUCUCAUUUUUAUUUUGUUGCACUGAUUUGGUCUUUUUUAUUUUAUUUAUGAGAAGUUUUAUUUUAUGUUCUAAAUGAUUUGAAUAUAACUUUUUAAGAUUAUCCUAAACCAUUUUAAAGCUCAAUGUCUGAAAGUCGUCUACAGUGUAACAGCAUAUAAAGUAGUGUGAAAGGAAGCCUGAAACAACUUGUUUUUUUCUUCACUUUCUUCUUUAUUCUUACCCCUCCCAAUUGGAGAGCAGAUUUUUAAAAAAAUUCACCCACCAAGUAGGUGUUUCGGAUCUUAAACAGUCUUUCCCUGAUGCCCAGCAGGUGUUUUAAGAAAGGUCUCAUGUUACCUGGUUAAAUUAUACAACCAGUUAUAAAUGCUGUGAAAUUUUACAGUUAAUUAAGUGGUAUCGUUUUGUAAUGGAUUAUCCAGAUUUAUUAAUUUAUUUUUUCUAAUUGGCACAAGUUGGCACUGUGACAAUAAUGCACUUAGUGUUCUAAAACUGGUAACACGUCUCUUUAAACACUUAUUCCAAGGGCAGGGAUAGUGAUAGACAGAGGUGGUAGCCUACAGGCUUAUACUGGGAAGGAGCCUUGGGGUUUCUGUCAACUAAAAAUAGCAGUCUCACUGACAUACUUGCUUUCUUUAACCCAAGAAAAAAUUUUAGUAUUGGUGUUUCUUAGCUGGUUAAUAACACACUGUUUCAGUUUUUUAGAUGAGAGAUUAUAGGCCUAUAUUUUAAUUAACUUGACCAAAAUCACAGUUAGUACUCAAGCUGCGAUUCAAACCCUGGUAGUCUAACUCCGGCCUGUAUUUUUAACAUUUUGUAUAGUAUCCUUAGCUGUGUUAAUUACCUAAGGGUAGAAGAUAAGAACAUGAACUCUUCCUCAUACCCCUUAAAUCUCUCACUUUCUCUGGUUAUCUUUUCUUGUAUCCUUCAUUUUUUUCUUCCUCAUUUGUACAUUUGUAUCAUAAAGUCAACUUGUAAAUAAUGAUUAAAAUUUUUGCAGAAAAUUUCUUUAAGCAAAAAUGAAGAUAAAGUGUAACAGGUGCCCCCAGGAAGUUAAUUCAAAGAAUAAAAGACACUUUUCUAAAACUCAGAAAUGCAGGUCCAGUAAGAUUAACUUCGUAGUAUACUUUGUAGCAACUUCUUUAUGCUUAAGAGAAAAGGAGAAAUAGCCAGAAAGAAAGCCCAGAUGGGGGGAAAAAACUAUAAAAAAGAAAAGAAGGUAAAGUUGAGUAGAGAAUGAGUACAGUGGGCCUAAGAUGGUUAAAUAUUUAAAAGUAUGACUGAAGAUUUUAUGAAUGUUCAUUUUCUUUAGAGUUUAGUAUACUUCAGUAUUUUAUUCAAGGUUAAUUCUUGAGAAUAUGAGGUUUGUAACUCUUGGUCUUAAGUUAAAAAUCUAUUUUUUGACUUUUUAAAGUCUUUUAAUGUGUUGUGUACAGCCAGACCAUUGGAUGUGGAUAUCAGAUAUUUUAUGACUGUUUA